GUUAACUCAAUUUUGAUUGGAUAAUGAUGAUAAGCGCCAUUUUGCCGCCAUUGUGAAAAUUUAAACCACAAGCAUCAUGUCAGACACAGAAAACGACAAAGAAACAAAUGUAGAAAACAUGGAAGAAGAUGAAGAACCUGUUCAAGAUGCACCAAAGACAGAGGAGUCAUCUGAGGAAGAGGAGGAAAGUCCAGUGAAAUCAUCUCCUAAAAAGUCAACAAAUGAAAACAAGAAAGAAGCAGAGAGUGAUGAAGAGGAGGAGGAGGAAGAAGAAGAAUUACAGCCUGGUCUCCUAGAGCGUCCUGUGAUCAUUGAAUCUGGUAAAAGAAGAGAGAAAAAGAAAGUUGAACGACUGAGUAUGCAGGAACCUGCUCCAAAGGAAACAAAGAAAUUUGAGGUGGGAGAUGGCUCAGGAGACAAGCUGGGAGAUUGUGCACGAAUUGAGUUUCACAUCUCAAAAGCAAAGGUUGAUGAUUUAAAAGCUUUACAUAGGCUAUGUUUCAACAGAACUGGAAAAGCAACCCUUAUUAGGAAGAAUUUACGUCUUUUUAAUGGAUUUACCUUUGAUAAGAAUGAUGAUGAAUACAAGAAGAAAUUCGCAAAUCUUAAGAAACAAACUGUGGCGGUUCUUAAGAAAAUGUGUGAAAUUUUAGACUUGGAAAGGAAAGGAGUGCGAGAUGAAAUAGCUGAAAGAAUAAUAGAUUUCUGUUUGUGUCCAAAAGACUCUGGAAAAGGCAUCCCUGCCUCAAAAAAGCGAAAAAGGAAAUCAAAAUCAGGUGGCAAGGCAGAGGGUAAAAAGAAAACUGUCAAAAAGGAAAAGAAAACCAAACCUGCAGCUAAAAAGAAGAAGUCCUCCUCUGAUGCUGAGGUCUCGGAAAGUGAAGAGGAGUCGGAAAAUGAGAGCAAAGAGGAGUCGGAAUCAGCCUCAUCGUCAGAGGAGGAGGAAGAAGAGACCCCACCUGCCAAGAAAAAGAAGACAGAAACUCCCAAAAAACCAGCUGCUAAGAAGGCUACACCCAAGAAAGAGGCAAAGAAAGAGAAGAAAGUUUCCCCCAAGAAGGCUGAAUCAUCAGAGGAGGACAGUGAUGAUGAUGAUUCAGAUGAAGAACCCCUCGUCAAGAAAAAGGAGCCUCAGCCUCCUACAGAUAAAGAAUUGAAGGGGCUAAUAAAAAAGAUUCUUGACAAAGCCAACUUAGAGGAAGUCACCAUGAAGACUGUGGUCAAACAAGUAUAUGCUAGGUACCCUACAUUUGAUCUGUCAGAUCGUAAAGAUUUCAUCAAGGAAACAGUUCGAGAGAUGAUUUCGUGACCAUUUUUUCUGAUCUGCAAUUUUUACACAAACAAUGGCAGCAGGGUGUGUGUGAGUUUGAUUCAGGGGAGCUAACUGGCUGUAUAUGGCUUUCCGUGGUCUCCGUACAUCUGUGAUUUCUGGAUACAAUCCAAAAUUCCCUCAUCAGCCUCAGCAGUUAUAAAUUUCUGUUGAUCAAAUAUGGCGACAGGUCAUCACAAGUCUGUAUUCUGUUAGGUCCCUUCAGAAUACUUUUUUUAAAUCAUUAUGUAUACUGAGAAUGAUUGGUUUACAUGUAGAUGGAUUUAAUGAGUAAAUAAGAGAAAUUUUUAAUGUUGAAAUUGUUCAGGUAUGCUUGUGUGUGUAUCUUUUGAGGUUUAAAAAUCUCAUAUAACAUGUUACAUUCUUCUUUCUCGAUGCUUCUGUGAAUGAUGGUGUAGAAGGAAAUUAAUAUAAUGAUGGUAUAAAAUUGAUAUUUUAAUAAGGAUAUGGUAUAAUACAAUUCAAAUACUUUGUUUUAUUUAUAGAAUUUAUUUUAGGCACCAAAAUUUGUUUUUCUUCUGGUUAAUGCUUUCUGGUGCUUUGGUAUUAAUUACCAGGAAAACUUCUUUUAUUAUUUAGAAAAUGUAUAAAGUUCCUGGGGGUAAAAAUAUCGUAAUAAAUAACUCUUAGAACAUCUAAAUAAGUGAACAUUUUUUUUUUCUCUUUUAAACUUGUUACUCGAAGAUAAUUUUUUAGCAAUUUCUUUUACAUGAUGGUGUUUUUUAUGUGCAGCACAAAUCACUGCAUUUCACACAUGACGAGGGAAUUCCAUGCAGUGAUUUGUGUUUGUGUUGUACGUUUCUUAUAAAUUAAACAUCUUUUCAUCGUUGUAAAUGUUAUCAUAUCAUGAAUAAAAUUAAAUUUGUAAAAUAAAAUGUAUAACAAGCUA